AUGCUGCCACGGUUAGCUGUAGUUCGCGUAGUGCGUCAAUUGACGAAGCAGAGUGGUGGAGUGUUGGGUACAUCUACUGCUGGAUACGCUACUUCGGCUCAGGGCGAUGGUCGGGACUUGUCUCUGCUUAAGGCAAAGAAGAUCAACUACGAGCGCAUUGGGAUCGUGGGCGUACCGUUCGACAAGGGACAGCGCAAAAAGGGAGUAGGCCUCGGACCGAAAGCCAUCCGUGAGGCCGGGCUUAUCGAUCACAUCCAGGAGAUAUCGCCUACGUUGGACAUCAAGGACUACGGAGAUAUCCAGUAUGAGGCUCUCAACUUUAACGGACGUAAGGUUGGGAACAUGAAGAAGCUGGAGCACGUUGCCAGCUGCAAUCGCAACCUGUCCCAUCAGGUGACGGAGGUGCUGGAUGACGACCGGCUGUGCAUUACACUUGGCGGGGACCACGCGAUAGCGGUCGGUUCGAUCGAUGGCCAUCUGCACCACAGCAAGGACGUGGCGGUGAUCUGGGUCGAUGCGCACGCGGACCUCAACACCAACUCGACGUCGCCGUCGGGCAACAUCCACGGCAUGCCGGUGGCUCUGUUGGCCAAGGAGCUGUGCGACUACUGGCCGUACAUCCCGGGCAUGGACUGGCAGGAGCCGAUCAUCUCCAUCAAGAACCUCGCCUACAUCGGGCUGCGGUCGGUCGAUCCCUACGAGCGGGCCAUCAUCGAGAAGUUCGGCAUCAAUGCGUUUGGGAUGCGCGAGGUGGAGAAGUACGGCAUCAAGGAGGUGAUGCGUAUGGCGCUGGCACGGAUUGACCCGGAGGGUAAGCGCAGUCUGCACGUGAGCUACGACAUCGACUCGCUGGAUGUGCUGGAGGCACCGAGCACGGGAACGAGUGUCCGAGGAGGACUGACGCUUCGCGAGGGCAUCUUCAUCAUGGAGGAGGCGUACGGAACGGGUCGGCUGGCGGCGGUGGAUCUGGUGGAAGUGAAUCCAGCCAUCGGUACUCCGGAGGAUGUACGAAGGACGGUCGAGGCAGCCGUACACCUGCUGGUUGCCGCCUGCGGACACAGCAGAAAGGGCGACAUAGCCGACACGCUCGAUCUGAUACAAAAGUGA